GGCAGAGGGCAGUCAGGCUGGGACCUGUCACUCACCCAGCUGCCUCUCUCUACAGUUUCGGGAGAAUGUCCAGGAUGUGCUGCCCACCCUGCCGGAUCCUGAUGACUAUUUUCUCCUGCGCUGGCUCCGAGCAAGAAGCUUCGACCUGCAGAAGUCCGAGGCCAUGCUCCGGAAGCAUGUGGAGUUCCGAAAGCAGAAGGACAUUGAAAACAUCCUGAGCUGGCAGCCUCCAGAGGUGGUCCAACUGUAUCUGUCAGGGGGCAUGUGUGGCUACGACAUGGAGGGCUCUCCCAUCUGGUACGACAUCAUUGGACCCCUGGAUGCCAGGGGUCUGCUCCUCUCAGCCACCAAACAGGACUUGCUGAAGACCAAGAUGCGGGACUGCGAGCGGCUUGUGCAGGAGUGUAAAAGCCAGUCCGCGAAGAUGGGGAAGAAGGUGGAUAGCAUCACCAUGAUUUAUGACUGCGAGGGCCUUGGCCUCAAGCAUCUCUGGAAGCCUGCUGUGGAGACCUAUGGAGAGUUUCUGUGCAUGGUUGAGGAUAAUUAUCCUGAAACACUGAAGCGUCUCUUUGUUAUUAAAGCCCCCAAGCUGUUUCCUGUGGCCUUUAAUCUGGUCAAACCCUUCCUGAGUGAGGAAACUCGCAAGAAGAUCAUGGUCCUGGGGGCAAACUGGAAGGAGGUUUUACUGAAAUAUAUCAGCCCUGACCAGGUGCCAGUGGAGUAUGGGGGCACCAUGACCGACCCCGAUGGAAACCCCAAGUGCAAAUCCAAGAUUAACUAUGGGGGCGACAUCCCCAAGAAGUAUUACGUGCGAGACCAGGUGAAACAGCAGUACGAGCACACUGUGCAGAUUUCCCGGGGCUCCUCCCACCAAGUGGAGUAUGAGAUUCUCUUCCCCGGCUGCGUCCUCAGGUGGCAGUUCACGUCGGAAGGCGCGGACAUAGGUUUUGGAAUUUUCCUGAAGACCAAGAUGGGGGAGCGGCAGAAGGCAGGAGAGAUGACACAGGUGCUGCCCAACCAGAGGUACAAUGCUCACCUGGUGCCUGAGGAUGGGACCCUCACCUGCAGCAAUCCUGGCAUCUAUGUCCUGCGGUUUGACAACACCUACAGCUUCAUUCAUGCCAAGAAGGUCAGUUUCACUGUGGAGGUCCUGCUUCCAGACAAAGCUUCAGAAGAGAAGAUAAAUCAGAUGGGGCCUGUCACCCCUAAGUAACGCCUCCUCCCACAGGAGGCCUGGC